GAUAAGCCGUAUGAAGAUGCAUACUUUCGCACCACCCUUGAAAGCAUUGAACGCGUUGCAAACGAGGAUGUUGAAAUGCGAGUUCCUCUGACGAGCCAAACUAUAUGUCUGGUUCUCGAUACCAAUAUACUUCUUCAUCACCUGGAGCUUAUACAGCGGUUCGUCGCUGACAUCGAGCAAACCAGUCUACGAGUGGCGGUAAUAAUACCCGGGAUAGUUGUCUACGAGCUCGAUGGCCAGAAGAAUCGCGGAAAGUUGUCUUGGUUUGCCCGCAGCGCUUCCACCUGGAUCCUUGAGAAAUUUCGCCAGCGAAAGUCCGUUAGGGGACAGUCUCAUUCCGAAACGUGCAUGCCCUCCGGUAGUUGGAAGAAAAGAGACCUCCAAUCCUAUUUCGACUCCGACGGACUGAAUGACGACCUGAUACUCGAUUGCUGCUUGUAUUUCCACACGAAGCAGAGAUUGCCGGUCGUACUUUGCACCGCGGACCACAAUCUCAUCCUGAAAGCACAGCCUCAGGGGAUUCCGGCACUGAAGCCCGAGCCAAGGUGGUCCAGUCGACAGUUUGCCCGUGUGCUAUUCGGCGAUGAUUCCGGAUACAUUGACCUAUACCGCUUCAGCGACAGCAGCGACUCUUUCCAGCCGUCUACUUCGAUCAAAGGGUCAAUUUUGGCCCGAGGUCAAGCAACGGAGGCGCCCUCAGAUGACGAUGCUAUGGAAAUCGACGAUGACGGCGUGGGCCGUACGAUAACGCCGUACGAGCUCGAACCCGGUCACGCCUGGGACUCGCUGCACCUGCAGAUAAUCCGGACAUUUACCGUACUCCUGCGAGAGCUGGUCCGGCGGGUCGGGGGUCGAGAUGUCGCACGUACGACCAAAGAACUCUCAGGAACUGUCCAGUCACGGUACGCGCCGGAAUACACGCGCAAGAUCCUGGACCUCUGGAGUGCGCGAGAUUGCUUGGAAUAUCUGCAGUCGAAGAGGCCGCUGCCAAAAACGACGCCGCGUGUGGAGGACUUUCUCUCGAUGCCCUAUGUUGGGAAAGGCACUGGGGCCCGGCCCGGGCACCAGUGGGCUGCUCGAGAUUGGCAUGCUGCAUUGAGUGGGCUGUGGGAUGUCAGCUGCGCGUGGGAGGAGGGGUCGAUCCAGGAGUGGUUGAAGGCGUUGGGGCCGCAUCUGGAGUAUGUGCUCAUGCAUGCCCCUGCACGUCCUACAGGCAGCUGUUGA